CGCGAGCGGUGAAACACCAACGCACAGCUCAAAACCCUUGGUUGUGGAGUCGUUGCAUGAGCAUGUCGUCGGUGUAUCCGCGAAAGGACAAGACGGGCAAGGCGGCGGAAGAAGAUGCCGUCCGCUGUACGUUUGUGAACGACGACGUCAAGAACCGAGAGCUGCGAGCCAAGUUUAAGUACACCAACAAUUGGGUGUCCACGUCCAAGUAUACGAUUGUGAGCUUUGUGCCCAAGACGCUGUUCGAGUUCUUUCGGGUGAUUGCCAACAUGUACUUUUUGUUCAUUUCGAUCAUCCAGUUGGCGUCGGACUGGUCGCCCACGAACAAGUAUACGACGGCGGGACCGUUAUUGAUUGUGCUGAUCGUGUCCAUGAUCAAGCAAGCAAUUGAAGACAAGAAGCGCCAUGACGCCGACGGCAUUCAAAACUGCCGCAUCUGCCACGUGCUGGGGUCCGACGGGUCGAUCCAAGACAAGCCAUGGCAACAUGUCGAAGUGGGUGACAUUUUGUUCUUGAAGGACAAGGACGAGAUGCCCGCGGACGUGCUGAUCUUGGCCACGUCGGAAGAAGAAGGGCGGUGCUUUGUGGAGACGUGCAACUUGGACGGGGAGACCAACUUGAAGCGCCGGACAGCGUGCGAACCCAUCGCGAAACUCAUUGGGUUCCGAGCGCUCAACGACCCUGUGAUCGACGAAGCAAAGCACAAGCAAUCGUGUGUGGCUUUUCGUGGGUCGGUCGAAUACGAGCAGCCGAACAACCGCUUGUACAAUUUCACGGGGGUGGUUAAAGCGGAGGCGUUGGCGGAUGCCGCGCCCAUCGGUCCGACCAACAUCAUCUUGCGGGGGUGUAGCAUCCGCAGCUGUUCGUACAUCUUUGGGGUCGUGCUGUUUGCAGGGAGAGAGUCGAAGCUCAUGCAAAACGCGCGCGCGACGCCGUCCAAGCAGAGCAACGUGUACAAGAAAGUCAAUCGGUGCAUCAUUUUGAUCUUCCUCACCCAGGCCGUGUUAUGUGUGAUCAGCGCCUUGUCGUUCAACGCGUGGGUGAAGCGCAACUUGGAGCUCCGCGACUGGUACAUUCCGUUCAUCAAAACCGACUCGACGGCGUUCUUUACGUUUUUGAUUCUGUACAACAACUUGGUACCGAUUUCGCUGUACGUGUCCCUGGACAUGGUCAAGGUCGCACAAGCGAAGAACAUUUCGACCGACCCAGAAAUGUGCCACGAAGGUUUUUACGCGAUCGCGCGCACGUCCGACUUGAACGAAGACUUGGGGCAGAUCGAGUACAUUUUCAGCGACAAGACUGGCACAUUGACGCAAAACAUCAUGGAGUUCCGCAAGUGCUCCAUCGGCGGCGUCAUCUAUGGCUACGGGUCGACGGAAAUCGCCAAAGCCGUGGCGAGUUUGGCCAAACAAAACCAACCGCCCACAGAAUCGACCAUAGCGUCGGCGGUGGAAUACGGUCCUGGUCCAGCCGCCGACUUGAACGACGCGCAGAUUUUCCUCGACAAAACCAUUCACUUUGACGACCCCCGCCUCAUCAGUGAGAUUUCCACCGGCGGGCCCAACGCCGCGCGCAUCGACGAAUUCCUGACGCUCUUGGCCGUGUGCCAUACGGUGAUCCCAGAGACCAACGGCACGACCGGCGUCACAACGUACAGGGCGUCGUCGCCGGACGAAGAAGCCCUGGUGAAGGCGGCACGAUGCCUCGGGUACAAACUGGUGGCCCCCGCGCCGUUGGUGCAAGUGGAAGUAUCGCUCAAGGCCAAGCCGUCCACGAUGCAAACGUUUACGAUCCUCAACGUGAACGAAUUCAACUCGACGCGCAAACGCAUGUCCACGGUGGUGCAAUUCGCGGACGGCCGCAUCGUCGUGUACUGCAAGGGCGCAGACAAUGUCAUCAUACCACGGUGCAAACUCGACAGCUCGUCGGCGCAGCUGGACGAACACCUCAAAGCGUUCGCGUCCGAAGGACUGCGCACGCUUGUGCUGGCCAAGCGGGAGCUCAGUGAAGCCGAUUACGAAGCAUGGAACAAAGUGUACCAGGCGGCGGCGACGUCGUUGACCGAUCGGGACAACCUGUUGGACGCGGCCGCGGAAGGGCUCGAAGUGAACAUGGACAUUGUCGGCGCCACGGCCAUCGAAGACAAGUUGCAAGUGGGGGUGCCCAACACUAUUCACAGCCUCGCGCAAGCAGGGAUCAAGAUCUGGGUGCUCACUGGGGACAAGGAAGAGACCGCCGUGAACAUUGGCCACGCGUGCCGCCUCUUAAACGACGGCAUGCAGCUGCUGUUUAUCAACCGCGAAAGCCUCGCGGAAUUGACCGAGCAGCUCGAGUACUUGUACAACAUGGACAGCAUUCAAUCGCAUUACAAGGAUAAGACCAUUGCCGACAACAUUGCCAUCGUUUGCGAUGGCAAAGCGUUGGUGCACUUUUUUCCGUCCAAAGCGUUGACCGUCGACGAAAAGGUCGUGGCGAAGGAACUUCGUCGGAAACUGCUCGUCGUCGCCAGCGUGUGCAAAGCGCUCAUUGCCUGUCGCGUGUCCCCCGCCCAAAAAGCAGAUAUUGUCAACAUGGUUCGAUACCAUUCCCACAACAAACCGAUUACGUUGGCCAUCGGCGACGGCGCGAACGACGUCAACAUGAUCCAGUCGGCACAUGUGGGCAUUGGCAUUUGUGGCCAGGAAGGCGUGCAAGCUGUGAACGCCAGCGACUACGCCAUCGCUCAAUUCCGGUACGAAUACGCUUGAUUCUUUGAUUGAUCAUGAUGAACGAUGACGAUGAGUUGACGAUGGCGGUAGGUUCCUUCAACGGCUGCUGUUGGUGCACGGCCGAUCCAACUACAAACGCAUUGCCAAAGUCAUCUUGUAUUCGUUCUACAAGAACAUGUCGCUCGUGAUCGUGCUGUUCCUGUACAACUUUUACAACGGGCAGAGCGGCACGUCGCUGUUUGAGAGCUUUGUGAUGGCGGGGUGGAACUUUUUCCUGGCGCUGCCGAUCAUUGCGAUCGGCAUCUUUGACGAAGACGUGAGCCCGGAGCAAGCGAUGGCGUUCCCUCCGCUGUAUUUGUCUGGUCAGCGCAACGAAGACUUGAACAUCAAGUACUUUUCGUGGUGGAUCUUCAACGCGUUCUACCAUGCGUUUAUCAGCUUCUUCUUGCCCGUGUACAUUGUCCGGGGGUUUACCACGGAAGCGUUUCACGUGCAAGGGACGACCAUUUACUCGGGACUGCUCAUGACCAUGAACCUCAAAGUGAUCUUUGAAACGCUGUCGUGGACGAUGUUUAGCUACGCGUUCGUCGUGUUUUCGUUCCUGCUCUUCUUCUUCUUCUUGGCUGUGUAUCCUGUCGUGCCAGGGCUUGGCAACGACAUGAUUGGCGUCCCUACGUCCAUGCUGUCGACGUACGUUCAGUCGUCGUCUCCUUGGCGUCCCUGUGUUGACAUGGCGUUGACUGACUAGGGCGCUGUAUUGGCUCGUCUUCUUCUUGAUUCCCGCGGCCUGCAUGUUGAUCGACAUCAGCAUUAAAUAUUGGGUGAAAAACUAUCGACCCACGGAGGCCGAUAUUCUGCGUGAGCGUGGGUUGCUACAAAAGAACCAGCUCAAGAUUGUCGACAUGACAACCAAUGGCGCGGUCACUUACUCGCACCCGCGGUCUAUGGAGGAACAACGACAGGAUGAAAAGGCUGGCGUGAAGAACUUGGACAUGACAGGAUACACUGGAUUUGCAUUUUCGGCCCCCGAAGACAAAGUCGUGAGUGACGUCGACUCCAAGGAAGCCGUGCGCGAAAUUGCCACCAUGCGCGUGGACCACUUCAACUUCACGGGCGAAACGGACGCAGAAGCCGAGCGUCGCCACGGUCUUGGUUCGUUUCACGGCGAAAAACGAGUGAGCAGCCAUGCAGGAGUGAACUCGAUCCUCGGCAGUCUUCCUCUGGCGGAGCUAAUGGAAGGCGCUGGCGGCGUAGCAGCGAAGACCCCCAGCGUGUCGUCCCCGCCGUAGCACUAGCAAGCACGUUCCCUCACCUACAAUAGAUAUUUGAAUAUGACAUCUCACGAUUUCGUCC